GCCGAUAGAGGCCGACACAUCAGGCACACGGAGUCUCGCCGGUGGUACAGCGGGUCGCGACCCUCCACUAAUAUAUCAUUGGCAUAAGCUACCCCAUUUCUAUAAAUUAAACGUGACUUCUUAAUCGCCAGUUUCAAGGAGAUAUCGACAUAGGCGGUCAUCUCAUCAAGGAAGGAAUGAUGACAUAGAAAUUUUACAAUUAAAUCAUUGUUUUGUCAUUAACAACAAAUUAUUUAGUCAACAAUGGAGACUAAUAACGUAAACCGGGCUCAAUCGGAAAUACGACCUCCAGCUUCCGGCGUAGCAGGGCCUGAAGUGCCUGGGCCCGCACAGUUUCCACCCCGUCCUCCACUGAACCGAGUCGAUUCCCGAUCAGCAUUUCCACCAGCUUCACUGAGACCUGCCGCUCCACCUCAACCUCAACAAAGGCCUCAAUUUCAACCUGGUGGACCAGUCGCAGGUCCACCCCAGUUUGCUCCUAGGCCUGGUCCUCUACCUACACGUGGGAUAGCACCUCCUGGUCCUCAGCAAAUUAGAACUCAACAACCACUGCGUCCUUCUGGUCCUCAAUCAUUUGCGCCUCAGCUGGGUCCCAGGCCAAUUCAGUCACCUGCACCAGUUCAGCCAUCGCCAAGAGGCCUGCCACCUACUAAUCUACAGUUCGGCCCUAGACCUACACCACAGAUUGCCGGUGCCAUCACGCCCGACGGUGCCAGGCCCCCACCACAAUUACCACAACAAUCUAAUAACGGCAUACCCAAAAACGGAACAUUUCAGAACCCUGCCACUGGGCCACUUUCACGCCAGUCGUCUCAAGGUUCUUUAAAAGGCCUAGACAUUUCAAACUCAACUCAAAAUAAAACAGCAAAUCUGGAUAACCAAGGUAUAAUCACAAACCCAAAUGACAAUAAUCCAGAAAAUGGCACAGAUGCGCUGGUUCCGAAAGGAAGAAGUUACAGUAUUGCAGCAGCUCCCGGAGCGCCGAGCCCACUCAAGGUUGAAGAUGACCGGAGAAAAUCUGUCAGUUCUAUUGGAGGCACAUCACUGGACUAUGUCAGUCGUAGCCCCGGUCUUGGGCUAAUACAAGAAGGAAAGUUAGACAGUCAAGAAAAUGUACGUAGUUUAGUAGGCAACAUAAAACCUGGAUUAGCUAACGAUCCUAAAGAUAUGAUCGAACGACCGGAGUCACGAAUUUCCGGAUCAAAAAUGACCGACUCAUUUAUAGGUUCACUACCGACUGCAAUACCGAAAAAGAAGUUAGACGAUGACGAUGAUGUAGUUUUGCAAAAUAAUGUAACACCUGCUAAAAAGGUUUCGGAAAAUAUUACAAAUCAGCCCAGAACUGAUACAUUUGAUCGUUCUCCAUCUUUAACACGCAGUGAUGAUUCACCAGAACUGAAGCAAAAGACUAGCCCAAGCCCAGUAAUAUCCAAUAAAUCUCAAAGUGUUACUCCAGAACCACAGCGACCUAAGACACCAAAAGUAGAGACAAAACCAGAAGCUCGAUUUGAACAAAGCAGAGAAGAAAAACCAGUAGUAACACCGGCACCAAAAACUAAAUCUCCCAUUCUGGAUGCAAAGCCUCCUUUGGCUGUACACAAGCCCACAGAACUAAAUAUGACCUCAGCUGCAUCUGACUUCAAAAAAUCUUUCGCACCCAAAAGAAUAGCUUCUGCUCCUAAAUCACGUCCUAAAGAUGGUGACAACGACAGUGGUGUGGAUGAAUCUACCCAAGGAAAUGAUCUCAACGGAUCUCCUGGGUCUCCGAACAAGAAAAAUGCGAGCAAGUUACCCACUAAAGAAAAAUCAAGCAGCAGUCUUAAGCCAAGUCUUUCGCGGUCAUCUAGCAAAAGUGCGACGGCCAAAACACCAGAAAACCCACAACCUUCUGAAAAAAAGAAAGUACCUAUGAACAAGAUCCAAGUAGGAAAUGCUCCAUCGCCAAAUAUUAAAACAGUUAAAUCAAAGAUUGGAUCUUUGGACAACACGACGUACAAGCCUGGCGGGGGUAAAAUUAAGAUAGAAAACAGAAAGCUCGAAUUCAAAGCGGCUCCUAGAAUUGCUGCUAAGAAUGAAACUUAUACUCCAAGUGGUGGAACUAAGAAGAUUACAACUACAAAAUUGGAGUGGAACGCUAAAUCGAAGAUUGGAUCCCUAGAAAAUGCUGCGUACAAGCCAGGCGGUGGAGAUAAGAAAAUUGAAACUGUGAAACUGGACUUCAAGGAUAAAGCCAAGCCUAAGGUUGCAUCUACAGUAAACAUAACUCACAAACCUGGGGGCGGCGCCAUUAAGUCGACAGUCAUAGCUAAGAAAGGGACGAGAGGAAUCGAAAAUCAAAAAUUGGAAUUCAAAGCACAAAGCAAAGUUGGAUCUAUGGACAACGUUAAACAUAGACCAGGAGGCGGCGACAUUAAGAUCUUCGACGACAAGGAGUACAUCAAACAGAUGAGCGGGCAGUCGCCCGUGCCCGGCAGCCACACCCACUCGCGGCAGGAGAGCCCCGUGCCGCCAGCUGCGCAGACACCGAAGUCCGAUGAAAAUUUGAAUCAGCAGCAGUGUUAAGAAGCCCAUUGUUGGAGAGUUCCAAUUCUUCUAAAAUACUAACUUUUAUAAUCAACAUUU